AUGCUCAAAUUUACACUUUGCGUCAUUGGUAUAUACACCUGCUUCUUGACAUGGGGUGUUAUCCAAGAACGUGUGAGUACAACACCUUACGGCAACGAUGAAACACCCAAGAAGUUCAAAUUUUUCAUCGUCCUCAAUCUCAUUCAAUCCAUCAUUGCAGCUACAGUAGCAGGCAUUUAUCUCAAAGCAUGCGGACGCAGCCUCAACAUCAAAAAGACACCACGCAACUUAUACGUUAAAUACAUCCAGGUAGCCAUCUUCAAUUGCAUUGGAUCACCUUUUGGCUAUGCCUCGCUUAAACACAUUGAUUAUCCCACCAUGAUUCUGGGCAAGUCGUGCAAAUUGGUGCCUGUCAUGUUUAUGAACGUCUUGGUGUAUCGACGUAAAUUUCCAUUGCACAAGUAUGCUUGUGUUGUGUUGGUGACGCUGGGUGUCUCCAUGUUUAUGCUGUAUCAACCCUCAAAGAAGGCUUCUAGCGGCCCUGUGAAUAGCUCCAUGUGGGGAUUGUUCUUGCUAUGCACUAACUUGUGUAUCGAUGGAUUAACGAAUGCGACACAGGAUGAGAUCUUUGCAAAGUUCAAUCAUCUUGUCAGUGGCCAGCAUAUGAUGUUUUACAUGAACGCCAUUGGAUCCAUGCUGUCUGCUUGUUACCUGCUUUUACACCCUUACAAUGAUGAAUUACAACAAGCACUGACAUUCUUUCAGCAACACCCUGCUGUCAUUCGAGAUGUGCUAUUGUUCGGUUUCUGUGGUGCUGUUGGACAAUGCUUUAUCUUUUAUACCCUCCAACAUUACGGCAGUCUUCGCCUGGUUACAGUGACAGUGACGAGAAAGCUAUUCACUAUGCUGUUGAGUGUAUUCUGGUUCAAUCAUACUCUAAAUUUGGGUCAAUGGAGCGGCGUAACUCUGGUAUUCUUGGCCAUUGGCAUUGAAGCCUACAUUGGAAAGCAACAAAAAGCAAAAGCAAAGAAACUAGCGAAUACAUCGCCUACAGCGCUCAAGAAAGCAAGCAAUAUAGAUCAAAAGAAACAAGCCUAG